CUUUGUUACACGUUUUAUUCAAAAAAGUAUCUAUUCAAGUUGGGAACAUCGUUUAUAAACAAUGUAUAACAGAUUCUGGAAAAAUCGCGCGCCAGUAGCGAAAUACAAACAUAAACAAGUGUUCAGUUACGCUUGAAGAAAUUUAGAAAUACAAAUAUAGUGCGGGCUAAAAUGGAUGAAACUGUAUUAGAAGAAAGAGUGAUAAACAAGUUUCCAGCUCCGUAUUGUCUGGAAAGUUCGCCGUGGUUGCAGCCGGACUUUAGCUACUUGACGAAGAAACAAUGCGCUACUUUUCAGGAUAGGCGAAAGAUAACGGAAGAGUGGUUGAAAAUCAGUAAAGUGAUCAUCCUCGGCGAUGUUGCGGCGGGCAAAACCUGUCUAGUAAAUAGAUGUUGCCGGAACUUUUUUGAAAGCACCUAUAAGAGUACGAUCGGUGUUGACUUUGAGGUGGAAAAGUUUUCCAUUUUGAGCGUACCAUUCGUCUUGCAAAUAUGGGACACAGCUGGACAGGAACGAUUUAAAAGCAUCGUUCAGUCAUAUUACCGAGGCGCAAAUGUUAUUCUGAUUGUGUUUGAUCUGAGCAAUUUUCCCAGCUUAUUCAACUGCAAAAAGUGGCUCGAUGAAGCAUUGGGCGCAAACAGUGGGUCGCAGCCCUUCGUUUUCCUGGUAGGAACCAAAAAAGACUUGGUGAGCAACGUUUGCUAUAAGAAUAUCAGAGCGGAUGCUGUGAAGCUGGCCAAGGAGCUGAACGCUGAGUACUGGGGGGUAUCUUCAAAAAGCGGCAAAAACGUUAACAAGCUGUUUUGCCGAGUUGCAGCUCUUAGUUUCGACGAAAUUAUUUCUAAAGGAUUUGAGAGCGAUAAGCGCUGUAUUGCCAUUGGAGAUAGAUUGGGAGGUAGAUAUGAUCGAUCCUUGACCAAGGAAAAAAAAGCCGGCAGAAAAUGCUGUAAAUGAUAAAAUUGUUUUAUAUCGUUACAUUAAAUUAGGAAUAUUGCAACUUUGGAA